CUGCUGUUGGCCAUUGUUGCUGCACGAUUUGGCAGCUCAACGCGGCGCUCAACGCUCGCAUUGGCCUUUGAGGAGUCCAGGCAGCAGGACGCUCCAGACAAUAGAUACAACAGUUAUUACAGCAGCAACGAGAACGAUUAUGGCAGCAUUGAUGGCAUCGCAGACAAUGACAACGAAGCAACAGCCAAAUGGCAGCAAAAACUAUAUGGAAAUUCCCAAGAGCAACUGCAACACGAGCAACAAUUUGCUGAUGAUCCUGAGGCAGCUCGCAAUGACUUUCUCUCGCAAUUGUCUGACUUAAAUGCGGCUGUGAAAGGUGCAGGCAUGUUUGCUGCCCAGCACAGCAGCAAUAGCAACAGCAACAACAACAACGACAACAACAACGACAACGACAACAUCAACAACGAUAACAAUGUGUGGCAAGCCGCAGCUGAAUUUGAAAGAGGCGAAACGCAUUUGCCACAGAAGCGACGCAGUCAUGGCAGCUAUAUGAACAGGUAUGCAGCAGAAGCGGCAGGAGUAGCGGGAGGAGCAGCAGCAGCAGUCGGUCAACCGGAGCGCUACGAAAUGCCCAGCGAGACGUCCGACGACGAUGUGGACAUUGAGGGCGAGGAGGACUACGCUGUGGGCGCAAUGGAUGCAGAUGAGCUGAGCGACCAGCUGCCCUAUGGCAUACAGAAUGUGCGCAAGCGGCGCGUGCGCAGCGUGCUGCAGCACCCACUGGCCGCACAGCAGCAGCCCCUCAGCGAGGGUGUCACCUAUCAAUCGCUGUGCCCCACGAAGCGUGUGACUGUGAAGCUGGACAAUGGCGAAUAUCGGCCCAAUCACUAUGUCGAGGUGACCUGUGCCAACAACUAUGCUCCGCUGCCUGCCCGCCUGAACGAGCGAACGGGCAUAAAGGGUGAGAUCUGUUCGGCAAUUGGCUUAUCGUGCAUUCAACUGAAUCGCACCAUACACCUGAUACGCCUCAAUGAGGGCAGCGGCUGCUGGGAGUCGGAGACGCGAACUGUGCCCUCGGGCUGUGAGUGCAUGUGGCCGAAGCAUAGCAAUGGCGACAUUGCCUAUCACCAGGCACAGAAACGUAUCGGGACUACGGCCAGGAAAUUUAAGGAACACAUCGCAGCUGGCAAUAUUGACUACAAGCCGGGCACGGGCUAUCGCCAGCUCACGCUGCGCACCCGGAAACCCAAAGCCGGAAUAAAAACAGGGGUCCGCGCCACUAGACGCAAUCGACGUGAAGAUCUCUUGGACUACGAGAACUAUGAAUUGAUAUAAAUGGAAUGACAUGGCGAGGGCGAGCCACGUGCCAAGCACAACGGGCAGCGCAUCACAAACGAAAUUUAUGGAUCAUUUAGCAACUAAGUUGAAGGUGUACAUUAACAUACUAAUUUGUUCUUGCUGUGGUUUUAGCCGUAAUACACUCUUUAUUCAUAUUGUAAUUGUAAAAACAAAACAAAAAAAAUCAAAAAAAAAAAAAAAAAAACACUAUAUGGUAUACUUAAGUAUAAUAAUGAAUUAAACAAUGGAGCAACCAAAGACACGGGCGAUAAAUCAAUGGGCUUAAACACGUUUGCAAAUCUAUAUUGAUGUCUUUAUAAUUGAACUUUUGCAUUUUUAUUUCAACCAAUUUGAAUUCAUAAUCCCAU